AUUCGUGAUUACAAAUUUGAGGGUAGUUGACAAAAUAUCUUUCAAUUGCUCUGCUAAAAUAGUGACAAUCAUUAAAAACAAUGAAUAUUCCUAAGAAAUUCGACAAUACACUGAAACGGUCUAAAUCAUUAUGUUCAUUGCAAAACGAGCAAUCUAAUUUCAACUACGCCGAGCUACUCGCGCGCACGGUCAGCGAGUCCUCGAUCGAUGUGUGUAUCGUGAACGACACUUCGGACUCCGAUGAUGCCGCCGACGUGGUAGAUAGUGGUAUCGCUGAAAAGAGCAUAUACGACAGCGAUUUACUUGUUUGUUUGGAGCAGAAGAUAGACAGACUGAGUGACAUGUUCCUAGAACAGUGUCGCUUAUUGACUACGUUAAAAGAAGAGAUAUGUAAAUCGAAACUCGCAAUGGAGAAAACUGAGCAUGUUCACAAUCAAAUAUUUACCGACUUAUUGAAGAAAGCAAUUACACAGAGUAUCAGAGAACUGAACCUGCCCAAAUUGCCUAACACGACGGAUAGCGAUGGCACGAAUCAUCAAGCGAAAUUGCUGCUGGACGCCAUAGAGUCCAAUAAGGGUACUUCAUUCGGUCGGGAAAUCAGAGAAGAACUCAUGUCUUUCUUGCAAAGCGAGGAAUUGAAAAAGCAGAUGGUGAACGCCACAACGGAAUCUGUGAAGGAUAUAGUCGGAGGAUGUUUGUCCCGGGACUUUUCUAACUUGUACCUGCCGAUCCUGGAGCGGUCCCAUCGCCGGUUGGUGACACACGUCAGCCGGGUCAUCGAAACUGCCUUCGUAGAACUAGAAGAGAACUCUACCGUAUUGUCCAAGUCGGUGUACAAAACAUCGAGGGUGCUCCGUCGCGCCUUGGAACGACACCAGACCAUUCUAGAAGCUGCUUCCGACCCUGGAAAGAGUCUUAUAAACACGCUCCAGUGCGCAGUGGAGGAGUUUCUCCACAGCGAGCUAAAACAGUGGAGACAGAAGGUGCUGGACAUGUUCUGUUCUCAGUUACAAUCAGAACCUCGGGAAGCUCACGCGAUGGAGACGUUAGAUCUGUCGCCCCCGUGUGACUACGCGCCCGCCAGUCCGCCGCAACCGGCCGAUCCAGGACACUCCAUUAUAGACCAGCUAAUGCAAUCAGCAGAGAUCCAAAAACUGAUCUCCGAGGGUCAUGUGAACCAAGCAUUCGAGCAGGCUCUCAAUGCUGCCGACCUUUCCCUGGUGAUGGCCGCCUGCCGCGCCGUCGACCCUGGAGCAGUGUUCACCUCGCCAUGCACCCUCAAGCAGCCUGUACUAUUGUCCUUGAUUCAACAACUCGCUACUGACAUGGUUCACGAUACCCAGUUGAAGUGCAGUUAUCUAGAAGAUGCCAUUAUCAACCUGAACACAACUCACUCUGACACGCGUGUCCAUCUUCCGCUGGUAGUCGGUGAAGUAAAAAAACACCUUUCCAAGUUCCUCUCUUCAUAUCCAAAUCAUGUAGCCAGUCGCAGAGUAACGUUGAUAAUUAUGGCUGCGGAUAAUUUGUUGAAAUAAUUAGAACUUUAGGUAGGUACAAGUAUGUACUAAUUUGCGUUUUAGUUUUUGAAUAAACUGUUUUGUUUUUCUUGAA